CGCCCCUCGCUCGGCGCAGCGGCGGAGGGGUUCCCGGCGGCUCUCGGCGCUGGGUCAGACGGUGAGGGCGCCCGCGGGACAGCCACCCUUUUGGAAAGAUGGUUCUUCACUUGAAUUCCUUUUUUGGCAUCCCUGUCAUACUCCUGUACCAUUGGAUGGGGACAACUUUAUCUUUGAAUCUGGAAGAUCCCAAUGUGUGUAGCCACUGGGAAAGUUACUCAGUUACAGUGCAAGAGUCAUAUCCGCAUCCUUUUGAUCAAAUUUACUACACCAGCUGUACUGACAUCCUAAACUGGUUUAAGUGCACACGACACAGGAUCAGUUACCGUACUGCCUACAGACAUGGUGAAAAAACAAUGUACAGGCGUAAAUCCCAGUGCUGCCCUGGAUUUUAUGAAAGCAGGGAAAUGUGUGUCCCUCAUUGUGCUGAUAAAUGUGUCCAUGGUCGUUGUAUUGCUCCAAACACCUGUCAGUGUGAGCCUGGCUGGGGAGGACCCAACUGCUCCAGUGCAUGUGACAGUGACCACUGGGGACCUCACUGCAGCAGCCGCUGCCAGUGCAAGAACGGAGCCUUGUGCAACCCCAUCACUGGAGCCUGCCACUGUGCAUCAGGUUUCAAAGGCUGGCGCUGCGAGGAACGCUGUGAUCAAGGAACAUAUGGAAAUGACUGCCAUCAAAGAUGCCAGUGUCAAAAUGGAGCCACCUGCGACCACGUGACUGGAGAAUGCAGAUGUCCUCCUGGAUACACUGGUGCCUUCUGUGAGGACCUCUGUCCCCCCGGGAAGCAUGGGCCCCAGUGCGAGGAGAGGUGCCCCUGCCAGAAUGGAGGCAUCUGUCACCACGUCACCGGGGAGUGUGCCUGCCCACCAGGAUGGACGGGCAUGGUCUGUGGUCAGCCUUGUCCUGAGGGUCGUUAUGGGAAAAACUGUUCCCAGGAGUGCCAGUGCCACAACGGAGGGACCUGUGACUUGGUUACAGGUCAAUGCCAUUGCAGCCCGGGUUACACAGGGGAACGAUGCCAGGAUGAGUGUCCAGUGGGGACUUACGGAGUGCAGUGUGCUGAGACCUGCAAGUGUAUGAAUGGUGGGAAAUGUUACCAUAUUAGUGGUGCCUGUAUCUGCGAACCAGGAUACACUGGAGAGCACUGUGAAACAAGGCUUUGUCCUGAAGGAAUUUAUGGUCUCAAGUGUGAUAAAAAGUGUCCCUGCCACAUCUCUAAUACCUGGAGCUGUCACCCUAUGUCUGGGGAAUGCUCCUGCAAGCCUGGUUGGUCUGGGCUCUACUGCAACGAGACAUGUUCCCCGGGGUUCUAUGGUGAGUCAUGUCAGCAGAUCUGCAGCUGCCAAAAUGGUGCUGACUGCGAUAGCGUGACUGGAAAAUGCACCUGUGCCCCUGGAUUUAAGGGUGCUACUUGUGGUACUCCUUGUCUUCCGGGGACAUAUGGAGUAAACUGUUCAUCUGUGUGCAACUGCAAAAAUGACGCCAUCUGUUCACCAGUAGAUGGUUCUUGUGCCUGCAAAGCAGGUUGGCAUGGUGUAGAUUGCUCAAUAAAUUGUCCCAGCGGUACCUGGGGACUUGGCUGCAACUUAACUUGCCAGUGUCUUAAUGGAGGGGCUUGCAAUGCUCUGGACGGAACCUGUACCUGUGCCCCGGGCUGGAGAGGAGAAAAAUGUGAACUCCCUUGCCAGGACGGCACAUAUGGUCUGGAUUGUGCUGAACGCUGUGACUGCAGCCAUGCAGAUGGUUGUCAUCCUACCACAGGAUACUGUCGCUGUCUGCCGGGAUGGUCAGGCAUUCACUGUGACAGUGUGUGUGCUGAGGGACAGUGGGGCCCAAAUUGCUCGUUGUCUUGUUACUGCAAAAAUGGAGCAUCCUGCUCUCCAGAUGAUGGAAUCUGUGAGUGUGCACCAGGAUACAGAGGCGCCACUUGUCAGAGAAUUUGUUCCCCUGGGUUUUAUGGACACCGCUGCAGCCAGACAUGCCCCCAGUGUGUACACAGCAGCGGUCCCUGCCACCACAUUACUGGCUUGUGUGACUGCUUACCUGGAUUUACAGGAGCCCUCUGUAAUGAAGUGUGUCCCAGUGGCAGAUUUGGCAAGAACUGCAUUGGCAUAUGCACCUGCACCAAUAACGGAACGUGUAAUCCUAUUGAUAGAUCCUGUCAGUGUUACCCUGGCUGGAUUGGUAGUGACUGCUCUCAGCCUUGCCCACCUUCCCACUGGGGACCAAACUGCAUCCACACCUGCAACUGCCAUAAUGGAGCUUACUGCAGUGCCUACGAUGGGGAGUGCAAAUGUACCCCAGGAUGGACUGGCCUUUACUGUACACAAAGAUGUCCCCUAGGGUUUUAUGGGAAGGACUGUGCACUGAUAUGCCAAUGUCAGAACGGAGCUGACUGCGACCACAUCAGUGGGCAGUGCACCUGCCGCACAGGGUUCAUGGGGAAGCAUUGUGAGCAGAAAUGCCCUCAAGGUACGUAUGGGUAUGGAUGCCGGCAGAUAUGUGACUGUCUGAACAACUCAACUUGUGACCACAUCACAGGAACAUGUUACUGCAGCCCAGGCUGGAAAGGGGCCAGGUGUGAUCAAGCUGGUGUAAUUAUAGUGGGAAACUUGAACAGUUUAAGCCGUACCAGUGCUGCCAUCCCUGCUGAUUCUUACCAGAUAGGGGCUAUAGCAGGCAUCAUUAUUCUUGUCCUGGUUGUGCUUUUCCUGCUAGUGCUGUUCAUAAUUUACAGGCAAAAGCAGAAAGGAAAAGAAACAAAUAUGCCUGCAGUGACCUAUACCCCUGCUAUGCGGGUCAUCAAUGCAGAUUACGCCAUUUCAGAAACCAUUCCUCAUGGUAGUGGUGGAAAUGCAAACAGUCACUAUUUCUCUAACCCUAGUUAUCAUACUCUAACUCAAUGCACUACCCCACCUCAUGUCAACAACAUGGACAGGCUGACCCUCGCAAAGGCAAAAAACAGUCAGCUGUUUGUGAAUCUUAAAAAUGUGGAACCUGGAAAACGAGGCAACAUCAUGGACUACACAGGGACACUGCCCGCAGACUGGAAACAUGGUGGCUACCUCAAUGAGCUUGGUGCUUUUGGACUUGAUAGGGGAUAUUUGGGAAAGUCCCUGAAAGAUCUAGUGAAGAACUCAGAAUACAAUUUAAGUAAUUGCUCAUUAAGUAGUUCUGAGAACCCAUAUGCUACUAUAAAAGACCCACCAGCUCUUGUACCAAAAAGUUCGGAAUGUGGAUAUGUUGAAAUGAAGUCACCAGCACGCAGGGACUCCCCAUAUGCUGAGAUCGCUGGCUCUGCUUCAGCCAACAAGAAUGUUUAUGAAGUUGGACUAUGCAUGACAAGGAAUCUCUAUAUUGAUGCAGAAAGGAGGGGAUAUUUUUUAAUGUGAACCGAAAUGAAGUACAGUGCUUGCCUUCUCUUUGCCACUUCUGGUGUUAAAAGUAUGUAUGUGCUCUCUUUUAUCACAGAACCUACAGUGAGUGUUGUCCAGGGAGCAUUCAGCAGCAGUGGACAUUUCAACCAGGAUCCUUAUGAUCUUCCAAAAAACAGCCAUAUUCCAUGUCAUUAUGACUUGCUACCAGUUCGAGAUAGCCCCAAAUCCUCUACGAAAGGGGUCAGCAGUGAAUGACCCCAAAAGCUGACGUGUAGCACAGUGGGACUCUGAAGGGGCAAAGUGGCAUGGUUGUGCUCCUUUUUCUAGUUUACCAUCAUAUUUGGCUCCUAAUCUGUCCAGCAGACAACUGCUGUACAUUAAACAGAAUCUCAACAUGAGGUUUGUAUUGUGUAUACAAGUGACAGAUGGACAAAUGCCACACUGUGGGGAUCCAUCAUUCGUUUUUUUCAUGGCAGUAAAUUUUAUAGAAACAGGUAUGCAACACAUUUAUACUGAAAUGUACUGGCUUAAAAAUGUUAGUUUGCAGAUCAGUUUUGGUAACAACCCAUUUCAACAACUUUAAAUAUAGACUUCAUGUUUGUCACAUUUCAGAGUAGAAAUACUCCCAGGACACUGCAAUUUACCAAAUACCACUUCAUAUAGGUGAUCUGAUCGACUAGUUACGUAGAAGAAAAACUGCCUUGCCAAAUCUUACCUUCCAUUCUGAUCUUUAGUCAAGACAUAUUAAGAGACAAGAUCUGAUAGGGAUAAGUAAACACAAUUCUACAGUUGUUUGGGAAAUCCAUCAUUACACUUUUUUGUCCAUUACUGGUGGUGGGCAUACCAUGCUUGAAUAGUUUUGCAGAUAAAAUCAUUGCAUACAUCAGUAUUACUUGCUUCAAGAUCUCUUGGUGCUGCAGCACCAGUCUUCAACGAAUCUUUUGCUAUGUUCAUAUAUUGCAGUUCUGACCACUGUUUCUGCCGUACACAACAAAUAAUCCAUAACAUAUCAGUUAUUACUUCAUAAAUAUGUAACUUAAAUCAGUUUAUUUUUGUCACCAUGGACUGAUUAUGUAAGGAGUGGACAAAGGUGAUGACUGCUGUAAAUCUUAACUGCAAGAAAAGGUUUACAUUUUAUAAACAGGUAGUAAUAAUGACUGUAAUAUAGAAUAAAAAUAGUAAAGUGUUCUGAUUUUUUUUCUUAGAAAUAACUAAGCAAUCUCUGUGCAUAUUUGCUCAAAAGGCACCUUUUCUUUUUUAUAAUUGAUGUAGGGAAACACAUGCUUAAGCUGGUCUUUUGCAUUGCUAAUAAUGUACUCCCCAUUCUUCAUUAACUUGUGUCUCCAUUUUUACGCUGCGUGUCUGUGUUUUUAGUGAUCUAGCUUCUAAUUACAAAAAUACUCUACUGUGUGUCCAUUUCUUUUGCAUUUUUGCCAACUGGCCUUUAUUUUGUCUGGUUAUAGACACCUCUGGGCAGGAGGAGAGGAUUAAAGUAAGAAUUCAUGUCAUACUGAUCUCUGUCAGAGGUAGUUAGUGUAGUUAUUUAACUUAAUGAAUUAAUUGGGGAAAAAAACCCCAAACCAACAAGGUGUUUUUGUUGAGGAUAAUAACAAGAAUGCAGAAGAAAAGUAAAAAACAGUCCCUCUGUGAAGUUUAGCAUAUUCUGUUGACUAUAUGGAUGGAGACAAUCUUUCCAAAAGGCUCCUUUCUCUCCCUUCAAAAGACUCUGGUUUUUAAGUGCACAAUUCAGUGGAAAUUAAAUUUGCCAAGAUAUCCAUGUAUUGAGGGAAAAUUGUUGCCCAGACACAUCAGCCUAAAAGAAAUAAUGGUUGAUAUAGGCUGGACAUUCUCUUUCAGAGGAAAGUUACCUUUAGAAACUUAAAAAUGAUGUCGCAAUAUUACUUUCAGCUGCUGUUGCUGUCAGUGAUGCUACCUGCUAAACAUGGUUGUAAUGUUACCCUGGCAAGCUUUUCCACCCUGCCCUGGUAGUAACUCUCUAGCUUCUUGUGAAUAGCUCAUCCUGGGGGUUGGUAUAUCCCCAACUGAUGAGGAAAGGACACAAGUGGUUGCAUCGUAUGGCAUUUAAUGGGAAGCACUAGUCCUCUUUCUGCGUUGGGGUCACAUUUUGGCACGAGACCUGUGAUAAUGACGAUAGGAAAAGCAGUCAAUAUGUGUUGCCCAGCUUAGCACAGGGAGUGCCACAACACUUUUUAUUGUUACAUCUGGACUGUAAUAUAGUCUGAGACAAAGAAUUAUCACUAUUGUGACAGCAUUGAUAUAUUCCUAAGAAAAUCACAACCAGUCGCCUUUGGAAUACUAAAGGCAACAGAGGAUCAACUGGAAUUAAAACUGGGGGGGGGGGGAGGAAUGGAUUAUUAUUUUUGUUUUUUUUAGAAGGAACCCCAGAGUUGAAAUGGAAAUACAGUUUGCUUUUAGUUGUUGUCACUGAAGUGGUGAUAAAUGAGAGAUCUGCAACUGAAGACAUCAUUGCGGAUGUGCCCGUAUAUGCCUGCAUGAAGUGCACUGUGACAUGGUUCUUUCUGGCCAUGAGCACUGGCUGUUUUGCAAUUCCCUGGGCAUUUCUUAUGUAUCUUUGGAACAAAUAAUUUUAUUAUCUUUGCAUUUUGCAAGUACGGAAAUUAAGUACAAGAUUUCAAAAGCCAGUUACCAUUUAAUCCCCAUGUAAGGCAAAAGUAUUGAUUUGGUUUGUGUGCAUAUAGAUAACAUGUAGAGCUACUGGUAUAUACAUGUGUUUGUACCGUUUGAAACAGACUUUAAAAUAAAACCUUUCUUCUUUCAAACCAUGAAUAGCAAAUGCUGUAUUUAGCAAUUGUGAGCUCAAAAAAACUUAUUUUCUUCCUCUGUGUAAAAUUUGGAGACCACAGAUAAUCUUCAUAAUAUAAACAGUUCCUUUUUUAUAUGAAAAAGUGAAAAGCUGAAUAAAUUACAAUUGUUUGUAAAUUUCCAGUAUGUCACAUAUCCUCAAGUGAUAAAUUCAGCCAAAUAUUCAUGAAAACAGAUGAGUUUCUGAUAAUUUUGCCUAUUUUGUAUGUUCUAAAUGUACACAUUUCCAAAGUCUGCCUUUCUAUUUGUGGGUAAAACUCCUGCUGUGUAGUCAGCAUUAAGCAAUGCCUGCAUAUAUCUGAGCAGGAUUUGCAAUACGUAUUGGUCAAGUAAAUGACUUGUGAAUUUACUUCAGUGAAUGAUCGUUGGUAGACACUCAGAAAACAGACUGUCUGCAGGGGUAAUGUAUUCUUGUUAAAUGAUGGCAAUGUAUCAUUCCAAAGGAAAAAAGUGCACGGGACUCGCAUUAGCAAUCCUGCUGUCUCCUGUACGGCUAGGGUGUAUACCCUGCUAUCAAUUUAAGACAACCUAAACUCAAUCCUCAUGACUGACACACAGCCCUUUUUGUAUUGCAGUAUGCUUUUCAGAGAACUUAAAUAUUUCUGAGCAUGCAUACUAUACCAUCGUGGAUACGAUAAUUUUAGCAAACACCAUCUACUCAGAGAACUGGCUUCCCCACAGACAGUAAUGGAAAGAGAUACCUCGCCUCUAUAUAUUCACAUUACAACGAGAAACAGCAUUGAAAAUGGAGAUAGCUAUCCCUUAGCAACUCGUUAUCAGUUUAAUGAAGUGCAAAAUGCUGCACAAAGUUAAUAACUGGUUUUAAAGUAAGUAGUGAAUAUAAACUUUAGGUUUUAAAUAAUGUAGGCAUAUUAAUUCUGGUCAUUUAGAAGCAUCAGGAACCUAAAAGCUUUUUACUGUAUCAAAGAUUUUUAAUCACAACACACUGUUACACAUAAAAUCUGUCCUUAUCUUGAUGUACUCAGAAACUCCCAUUAAUUUUAAUUGGAGAUGUACACGCACAUUACAGGGGAAAGAUUUCAUUGUACUCAUACCUUCUGUUGAGACAAUCUGCAAAGUCAAGUUUAUUCUGAAGUGAAGUUGGGAUAAAAUCAAAAGUGGGAAACGUUAUUGAAAAUAUACUGAAUUUUUCAAGUACUGUGACUUCAGCUGAAUUUUUUAUUAGGUGUGUCCAAAUAAUAAUCCUUAAACUGAAGCUCUAAAGUCCAGACUAAAGAAUACAGAGCUAAUUUUGACAAAAAUGCUUUAUAUUAAAGACUAUAUAUAUAGUAGUUAAAAUUACUAAAGACAAAUGGGUGCAUGUUUAUUAAUGUACAGAAAAUCAUGUAAUUUGGUACACUCAUACUAGUGCUAGAGCACUGAACCUAACUCUUCUAUGUUCAGUUUUUUAGCCCACAAGACUUUGCUUUGAUAUGAUUGAACUGUAAUGUAUUUUUAAAGAAAACCUAUCAAGUAUGCUUGGCUUUUUUUCUUAGCUGUAACAAAAAAGUGUUUUGUUGUGAAAAUAUAUCUAUUUUCCAAAGAUGACUGAUGUUCAUCAUUCUGCCCUUCACUACCAUUUAUUUCACUUCAUAUACCUGUAGGUUAAUGUAAUAAAGUUUCUAAUGAAAGAAAUACUUUGAAUUUUUUUCCUUUGUUUUCCAUUUCCUUAGGAUGGAAAUAGCGUGGGAAAUAUAGAAAAUUUUAUCCUUGCCCAUGCUGGACCACCAAGUAAUGUAUUUUAUUUUGCUUCUUGUAGAAAGCAAGUAGUUUAUGAGAUGCUAUGCAGAAAAUCAAGGCUGAUAUUGAACUAUGGAACUUCUGUGAUUACUGUCUGUUCCUGCAGGAAUUAAUUAUGUAAACAGGGUGAUGCUUUCAAGCCUGUCCCUUGAAUGCUUAAGGUUUUAACCUUGAGAAAGAUGGAGGCCUGGGCUGCCAAAAG